AUGGAGGCUUCGUCUGCUCCCAACCACACGUCGGACUCGACGCCACUGAAGAAACGUCGAGCCACGACCACCACCACUUGUAGCAGAAGUAGCAGCACGGGACUUGGUUGUUUUCCGGAACCACUUGGCGUUACUUCAGACGCAGCAACCACGGAGCUCGCUCGCGGAAAAAGAGCCGGUUUCGUGCACUCAACUUCAUUUGAGAAUCCGCUGCUGGCGGUUCUGGGAGGGACGCCACGCUCUCACGCAGUGGCUAUGGCAGCUGAAGCGUCCCGUCUGUCGAAAUCUGUGACAUGUGAAGACGAAGAGAAAGGGCAGGCGACGGACAAGGAGGAGAAGGAGGUUGUGCCACGACUUUGUGAGGAACGAGAAGUGCAGGAGCCGCGUGCGGUGUCGGUGAAUGAGGCAACGCCUAGCGUUACUUCAGAUGGGCUGAUUGUCCCGUUAAGUACGGAUGUUGGUUUUGGUGGGAAGCGAAAACGUAGCGACAUGAAGCAAGACGUUGUGUUGUCGGAUUAUGUGGCGUACGCGAGAGAACACAUUCAUAAUCAAGAAGUCGGCGAGGAGGGAUUCUCGAUUGAUCCGUCGGAGCGCGCGGUGGAGCACCGCGCGAGUAAAGUCGUGCGUCGGGAGAUUUUGAUUGCCUCGCCUGCUGCGUAUGACGAAGAGGAUUGGGAUGGCAGUCGACUGCCUCAAGUCAAGAUAGACGAGGUUGAAGCGGUGCUGACGCCGUCAGAGCACUUUGACUUGCAGCCGACCGACAUUAUCUUGCACGUGUUUGCCUUCUUGGUCAACGCGAAAGACUUGCGAAACAUGUCGCAGGUGUCGAAAAAGUGGAAGGAGCUGACUAGUCGACGGUCGCUGUAUCGGUCGCUGCCGAGUGUGACAGUGGAAGGUUCUGUGAACUGGAUCAAUUUCAAGAACUUGGGGAUCAAGAAUAAGGGGACCGAGGGCACUUGUAUUAAAUGCUGUCAGCGCUCGACUGGAAAAAUCUUGGCGAUGAAAAAAGCCAGAGUCUUUCCUAAGGGAGAAGGGGUACCAUACUAUAUGCUCAGAGAGCUAGCUGUCCUAAAGGGAAUCAAGCACGAUCAUAUCGCGUCUCUCGAGCUGAUUAGCCUCGCCAAAGAUGAACUCCAUGUGUUUUUCCCUUACGUGGACAAGACGCUGCACGAAGUUAUAAAUCCGACGGGUGACCCUUCCGGUGGCCGUGUGCUGUCGGAGACCGUGAUUCGCAAGCUCCUUCACCAACUUCUGGAUGCAAUCGCGUACUGUCAUCGUCGCGGAGUGUUGCACCGUAAUCUGAAACCAAAGCAUUUGCUAAUUAAGGCAUUGGAUACUGAAACAUUGAGCGACGCUACGCUCCAGAUUUCCGAUUUUGCACUGGUCCGGGCGACGGGGAUUCCUCGGCGAACGUAUACGAUGGAGGUGGUCACAUUGUGGUAUCGUCCUCCUGAGAUACUAAUGGGAGUGCGCGGGUAUUCGUCGGCUGUCGACAUAUGGUCUGUGGGCUGCAUCUUUGCUGAGAUGGCCCAAGGGAAACCGCUGUUCACAGGCAUAUCGGAGAUUGACCAGCUGUUUCAAAUUUUCAGCAAGCUGUCAACACCGACGUCUGAGACGUGGCCCGGCUUUUCAUCCUUGCCGAAUUAUCAUUUUGAGUUCCCACAUUGGAAACGUCGACCCUUAAAUCGUCUAUUUCCCCGAAUUUCGGAUCUUGGUAUCGACCUGCUGACGAAGCUUCUCGUGUACAAUCCCGACCAACGAAUUACGGCCGAAGACGCGCUUCGGCACCCUUAUUUCUCAAACGAGGCUCGUGUGUUUCUACCACUCACACCAAAGAUUCCAAUGGACCAGAUGUGCUACACAAUGAGCCGAGCUCGGAUUGGCCCUACACCAGAGCAUGUUGAUUUGUUCCAUGCGUACUUGCGUCAGACAGAGCUAGAGUCGUGGAAAGAAAUCAAGUAUUUGAGUCGGCAGAAGACCCUUCGACCUGCACACCGGUCGAUGCUUGUCGAUUGGCUGAUUGAAGUGGUGGACGUGUUUGAGAUGUGCCUGAGAACGGCGUUCCUGGCAGUCAAUUACACCGACCGGUACUUGGAUAUCGUAAUGGUGAAAAAGACGCAGUUUCAGUUACUUGGAGCGACGUGUUUGCAUGUUGCUUCCAAGUGCGAGGAUGUGUCGUAUAUCGGUGUAGAAGAUCUUGCCAUGUGUGCCGAUAACGUAUACACAUCCGUCGAAGUGUUGGAAAUGGAAGAGAAACUGUUGAAUACGCUCAACUUUACGCUUUCGGUGCCCACUGCUUUGGACUUUCUGAACAUAUACGAGCGCAUGAUCCCGCCUAUACAGAAGAAGACAUCAAUGCUGGCGCACUACUUGCUUGAGCUGGCGUUACAAGAGUACCAGUUCUUGAAGUACUUGCCAUCCGUGGUUGCUGCAUGCUGCCUCUCGAUGGCAAUGUACACAGUGGAUGGGUUUCCGAUGACCAAGGAGCUGGUGGAUGCGUGCCAAUACAACUGGUCGAGUCUGAAGGAGUGCAUGGGCGAGCUUCAGACGCUGUACUCUAACUCACCGUCGAACAAUCUAGCGGUGAUUAAAAAACGCUAUUCGAAGGCUGAGCGGUGCCAAGUCGCAAGUGUCCUCCCGCCGACAUCGUUUAACAUGGCAUUCUAG